UUAAAGUGACUGAGACAAAGAGAUAGAUAGAAAGAUAGAGAGAUAGAGAGAGAGAGAGAGAGAGAGAAAUAAUAUCCAUGGACUUUCUUAGACUUCCCUGUAAUUCCUGCACUUCGCUGUACCGGCAACUCUCUUCGCCGAAGGCUUACAAUCACCGCUUUAGUUCAUUGAAAUGUCGCCGCCAAAAAACGACGUCGGAGCUCCAAACGCAGACCGGUCGAGCCGGUAACAACAACAACAACUUCUCCCCCUCGAUCCCGACCCAUAAAGUCACUGUUCACGACACACAACGCGGAGUGGUUCACGAGUUCUUCGUUCCCGAGGACCAGUAUAUAUUGCACACAGCUGAAUCUCAGAAUAUCUCGCUUCCAUUUGCUUGCAGGCACGGUUGUUGUACUAGCUGUGCUGUACGUGUAAAAUCUGGACAAAUUAGACAGCCUGAAGCGCUAGGAAUAUCUGCAGAAUUGAAAUCAAAGGGGUAUGCACUACUUUGCGUGGGCUUCCCAUCAUCUGACCUUGAAGUAGAAACACAAGACGAGGAUGAGGUGUAUUGGCUUCAAUUUGGAAGAUAUUUUGCCCGAGGACCAGUUGAGAGGGAUGACUAUGCAUUGGAACUGGCCAUGGGAGAUGAAUGAGCAAAUGUACAAUAUCAAUAUAGGAAUGAGGAUCCAUGGAGAGAAACAUGUAGAUUGUAUUUUGUUCCCCUCCCUUUUUCAUAUUCCAUUUCAAUUUUUGCCCAAAUUCCUUUAUUUUCGGUCCUUUAAUGUAUGAAUGUUACUGAUUAAAUAUUCCACGCUAUGUACGUUCAGCUAGUAGAUUCCAUAUUGCUGUUUUGAAGGUUUGAAUUAAAAAGAUUUGGAGAUGUACAUGCAUGCACUACCUCUUCCAAGAGACGAGAGAUUUCUUGUGAAAAUGGAGAGGUGUUGCCUUCCCCUUUCCAAACUAAUCCGUCAAUCAUUCACUUGCUCUGAUGAGGAAGUUGUGAAAUUAAGAUCUUGAUUGUCGAUUUGAUGAUUGCCAUCUAACACCUUAGGGUCCUAAUGAUCAUACACUUGAUAUGCCUUCAAAAACACAUCAUCUUGAGGAUUUGAUGAUGGACUUGAAUCUU